AUGUCUCGAAAUAUUUUAGUGAUUUCAUUUCAUGGUUUAGUGUGGGCGGGCGUUAUUGCUUUCGCGUUUUGGGCGACCGGCGCGAGCGCAGCGGCGGCGCGAUACGACACCGCUACGCCGUAUACGCCGCCCUUCAGUAAAUACAAAUAUAUACCCUUAAAUAAUGAUCCAGAAGAUACUUCAUUGGCUCCUGAAGAUGAAGCACCUUCUGGAAUGGCCCCAUCAGAAAUGAUCCUUACGGCCUUAAGAACUGCUCUCGAUAUAGUUAGAAGUAUCAACAAGAAGAAGCUUAGCACACCGAUUAUUUCUAAGAAAAAUAACUCUACUUCAGUUAAACUAAGCCGAAGAAAAGCAAGUAACGGAACAGUCAGCGGACGAGGCUUCGAAGACUACUACGACGACCAUCAUCAUCACGAUGUGGAAACCACCACCGCGAAACCAGUGAAGCAAGGUAGAUACACCGACCCAUGGGCUGGUUACUACGACUGGAUCAUCAAUGAGGGUUCUUUCAAAUUCUGGAGCGUUUUUCAAUUAUUUACUGCCGCUCUACUUCUCUACGCCUGCUUCUCAGCCAUCUACUAUGCAAAGUUCAACCCCAUAUUACCGGACUACAGUAUGGAAUAUGAUGAUUAUUUCUUAGAAAGAACGGUCGGUAGAAAGGCGAGAAGCCUGGACUCAUCAGAAACGCCAUCCGGCUUGAGCUGGAUGAACCCUGCUACUUUUCAAUUCAUUUUGAACGCUAUUUCUACAUAUUACAGUGAAGAGGAAUAA